AUGGCCGCAAAACCACGGCUGACGCUUGCGUCGAUGUGGGCGUUUGAGGACAUUGGAGUGCUUGUGAUCAAAGGGAACCCGGAGGGCUCUACCUCUAAAUACGCGUCGUUGGUAUCGGAUUUCAUCGAAGAGCAAAAAAACAAGGACCUGUUGGAUAUGCCACGAAUUUCCCAGCUGGAAAUCCCUGUCAUAUUCGACGAUGAGAUGUCCCAUAUUCCAGUUGGCGUUGAGAAAGACCAAGAAGGUGAUUUGCUGGCUUUGGAUGAUGGUUCCAAUGAGGAAUUCAUUCCUCUUUCAAUCAAUCAUGAUACCAAAUACUGGUUGUCAUCUAGCGGUGGCCUGGGCUGCUUUUCUGCCAAUUUUCAUGAGGUUCUGGCUGAGGUGGCAACCAUGACCGGCACGGAGAUAUCAAUCAUAGAUGAUAUCAAAGGCAUUCAAGUCUCGGGUAAAAACCAAGGAGACGUAGAUGAUGCUUUGGCGAAGCUGACUCGAAUUGAAAAACCAUUGUCGUUCAUCAACAACCCCCGCGUGGGAAACAUGAUCGUUGCCCCAGAAGACGAAGGGGCCCGUUUCCGUAUCCAAAAUUACAGCAACCUGAACUCCGUUGCCUUGAGCCGUAUACUCUCAGAUCCAAAUCUGAGCUCGAACGCGAACCUCUGCCAGGUGUUCGUCACAUUAUUGCUUGAAUUUGAUACCGAAACUCAGUCCUUCCAUGAACCUCCUACACUUCUCAACCCUCCAAGUAUCAGCAAUGAGGCUGGAAAAUCACGUAUUUGGAACGAUUUCAUUUUUCAAGAGAUUGGAAAAGGAGAAGAUUUUCUUACUAUGGAAUCCAUUGUUGAGAAGGACCCUGCAAAUCCUCAAGUAUUAGCGUCUGGGAUUGCGCCUCUGCAUCCAUAUCUUACUGCGGAAAAGGCCAAACGGGUGAAUCAAUGGGUUGUUGAUAGGGCGGAGAUGGAAGGUGAAGCAGAGUCUGAACCUAGCCUCCCAUCUGACCCGAAAACUGCUCGCGAGCAAUCUGAGCUUGCUCCAGUGAUAAAGAGACCUCGUGGCAUACGAACACGCAAGGUGGCUCAAACGGCCAAAGACCAAGCAUUACCAUCGACUAAGACUCCGGCCAUUCAGCCCGAGUCUGCCAAGGAUCCAGACCCUAAUCUUAGCGAAAAUGCUGCCACGAAUCGCAAGCGAUUGAUAAUCCCCUAUGAACCUGACUCUGGCGAUAUCUUAAACGCCCCGCAGGAGAUACCAAGUCAUGCAGUUUCCAAUACUGGCAUGGGGAGUACCGCUGAUGCCUUUCGCGAUUCUUCCGCAGUAGCAAAGCCUCAGAUCACAGCGAAAAGAAAUCGACUUCCCACGAUAUUUGACGAGACCAAAUAUGAUCUCAAAUGGGGCUCAAAAUAUGCAGAGACGAAUGGGCGGACUAUUCCGAACAUCUCGAAUAGCUCUAAUAUCGGUGAACAGCCAAAAUCCCAGAGAGGACCUGGCAGGAAGAACGAACUCAUUGAUGUGUUUGAGUCAGAAAUCAGUUCAAAUAAAAACUCUCAUCCCCUGAUAUCUUUCAACCAGCCUGCUCUAAUCCCGGAAAAACCGCCCUCCAAUUCUUCCAAGUAUGCUGGGAGUUGCUCGCAAAAGCAAUCUGUGCAUAAGAGUGAACCAUCUUUUGAUCUUCUUGAGCCUAAAAUUGGAAAUGGCAUGGGUUUCAGCUCCGACAGACCUCUGUCUAUUCUAGACACGAAAUCUUCCAGUGAAGCGGACUUACUGGAUGCAGAAAAUGACGAGAGGCUAAUGGCUUUGAAAAGGACACUGGACAAGCAAAAGCAAGAAGUAACCUUUGCAAACUUGAUCCAUAAUUCUAGAUCUCACAGUGAUGUGAAAAGGGAACUGUACGCUGGGAGACUCUGGGAGCUCGAGAAUCCCUAUAAACCAGAGGAGCAGCAAUCCAUUGAUGAAUCGGCCACUCGACAGUUCUACCAAACCAUGAUUCAUAAAAUGGCCAAACCAAGCCAGAAGGCAAAGAGCAAAGCUGAGAUUAAAGCCAAAAGACAGGCCACUCUUGAAGACGCUUGGGGCAUUCCCAAAAAGACAUCGACAAAACAACCCAUUGGCCACCAAGAAUUGCCCAACGGACAAUCUAAAGAAGAUGGUUUCAAGAGCGGGAAAGAAGCGUCUGCUGCUACGAAACAGCCUUCAAAAAACCCACAACAGGUGAAGGCUGAGAUGCAUAUGAAUGGACUCAUCAAAAGUCUCUUCGAAGCGUUGAAGCCGACGUUGGAUGCUGCUGAACAUUUUCCUGGAGGGUUAACUUUGGAAGUCCAAAUGGGUCUCAUUCUGAUACCACUUCUCCCAAAGACUUAUAGCGGAGGUCUGUUAUCUUUAAACGAAUGGACAAAAAUCUUCCAACCUCGAAAUGGCCUUCCAGCACCGACAACAAAAUUCAUCAAUCGGCUCACCACAUCUGGCACAGAUGUCGAUCAUAUCGUGGACUUGAAAACAUCCAAAGCAGAAGGAAAACGCCGCCUUUUCGAGCAGGAUUACACAGAAUACAGCGUUUUUUACGAAUACCACUGCCGGACCAAUGCUGACCAGCUUUUCGUUAUCACAAUUGAUGAGCAGGGUAGGCAUUCCAUUAAGAAGCCAACUACAGCUCUCGGUGCAGUCAACCUGCAUUUCCCUGGACAAACUUGGGAUGCCAGCUUUGUGGUCAACGGUAUCACAGAUCAUGUCGUCGGUUCUGAUCAGGAGCUUGAAGAUGCGGUUCAGCACCUGGUCGAUAGUCUCUGGGUUCAGCCAGACAAGUCUCAUAUUCGAAUCUUUACACGAACUCCUAAGGGAAACAAGUUUGUCAUUGAAAAAGUUUUUCUGAAGCGUUGGACCCGUCAUCGCUAUAUCCGCGCUGGUGAUACUACUCCCAAAGUCGCCGCUGAUACUGUGGUCUCGGUGACAAGUAACCGUGAUCUGGCAACAGCAGCAGAUGAUGCGAGGAGUGAAGCAAAUACUGGAGAUCAAAACAGCACGACUCAUGAUAGUGAAAUUACCGAGAACCAGGAUAUCUUUCUGCAAAUAAUGGAAGUUCAAGAUCUCUUCGUUGGGUCCAGUUUAUCGGACACCCAAGCCGUGAGAGCCCGCUGUGCUUCACUGCCAGAGAUGCAAAAAAAGGGCCGGCAGUGGUAUGAGGCCUCUCUCAUCAGCCCUUCGAUUGAAGCCAUGCUGAAAUCAAAUGCCAAUGUCGAAGUCGGAGAGCGUACGGAUGAUUGGCGCAGCGCUGAUUUGCUCGGAGAUGACGCCGCCAUCCUUUCUGACGGAGAGGAUAGUUCUCCACCCUCUCCUUCACCUCUGAGCGCUGUUGCAACAGCAAUUGGAGCCACCGGUCUUGGGCAUCUCCUCCGUCUUGCCAAAACAGUAGUCGAGAAGAUUGAUGGCAUCGGGUUUAGAAACUGCGGCCCUGGAGAAGCUGCUCGGAUGGCGGCAGCCGCCACAGCCGGUCCAGUUCCUAUGACAGGUACUCUUCCUGGUAAUCCCGCUAUGUCUGGCACGGGUAAUUUGGUCAGGGUAGAGCAGAAAUGCCUGGAAUUUGAGGAUCUGGAGAGCAUCAAGGACGUAGGAAGUGCAAUUGUGAACACCCCUAUGGUCAAGACACCCUCUGGAUCUUCUGCUGAAGUAGAGCAGGGAGACUUGGAUUUCUGGUGA